AUGUCUGUCGGAUCACUCUGGCAAUCCUGUCUUGGGAACCCACCUGGCCCUGGGAGGUCCUCGGAGCCUCAACCAGACUACCAGACGUUGGAAGAAAUCCCGAGCCCAUCCUGCCAGCAACCAGGUCAAGCCUCAGUCCCAGCAUUACCCAGCAAGUCCCUCAAUCUGUUGUCCUGGCUGACGCCACUCCUGUUCCGGCGUUGGGGAUCCCGGCAGACGCCACUCCCGUUCUGGCGUCUGGGAUUCCGGCAGGCGUCAUUCCUGUUCUGGUGGCAGGGAUCCAGGCUGACGUCACUACUGUUUCGACGUCGGGGGUCCCGGCAGACCUCACUACUGUUCCGGCGUCGGGGGUCCUGGCAGAUGCAAAUCCUGUUUCUGCUUUGGCAGACUGGCUGCCACCGGCUCCUCGAGCCCACUUGGUGGUCCGGCCAGUACCUGCUCCUCGAGCCCACUCGGCAGCUGAAGCGCUCUCAAGUCCCUGUUCCUGCCGAGCUGCAGCCCUCUCAAGUCCCUGUUCCUGCCGAGCUCCAGCACUCUCAAGUCCCUGCUCCUGCUGAGCUGCAGCACUCACAAGGUCCAGUUCCUGAGAUGCUACAGCACUCCGAAGUUCCUGUUCAUGCUGAGCUGCAGCUCUCCCAAGUUCCUGUCCAUGCUGAGCUACAGUGCUCCCAAGUUCCUGUUUGUGCUGUGCUGGGACAGACCCAGGUUUCUGAGCUGCUUCUGCUCCCUGCUGACCCUGCUGGGCCGCAGCAGCCUCGGGUCCCCGCUCCUGUGACACUGUAGCAGCCUCAAGUCCCUGCUCCUGCUGGGCCACUGCAGCCUCCCGGCUGAUCUCCAGACCUACUCCACCUGUCACGUCAGCCUCUGGGCCGGCCUCCAGAUCUGCUUCACCUGUCAGGUCGGCCUCCCAGCCGGCCUCCAGACCUGCUCCGCCUGUCAUGUCGGC